GGAAAACUGUCAUUUCUAUAAUACGAGAGAAACUACAAUGUUUUCAAACAGAUCCCAGACGGAAAUAAGUAUUACCAAUGGAACAUUCCAAAUGGGUAGUUCACUUUCAACAACUCUAUGCACACCCAUCAGACCCACUUCCUUUACUCAAGGGAUAAAUGAAUUAAGGAAAAGUGUACUGUUGAAAAGGAGCCAGAGGCGAAAUAAAAUUUAUGAUGCCCGAAACAAUUUUGUAGGUGACAUCUACACCUUGGACUACUUAGAGGAUAUAUUCAAAGGAGUUCUGAUAAAUGAGGAAAAAAUACUGUUGAAGAAAGGAUUUCUCAACACAUUCAAUCCAGAAAAUAACCAUAGAUUGAAAACAGUUAACUGGUUACUAUCGAUUCAGCAGGUUCAUUUACAAUUUACUGAGAGUGACUUUUAUUUGGCCAUUAAUUUCAUGGAUCAUAUAUUGGCCCGCGUCAAAAUUUCUAGGAACAUAUAUCAGUUGCUUGCUUUAACAAGCCUUUGGAUAGCUACAAAGUUGACGGGAACAUUAGAUAUAGAUGUGAGUAACUUAUGCAAAAAAUAGUUUUUGAAAAUUGGU